UCGUCUCCAGACAAGAAGACAGCCCUGCUCAGUGAUGUUGGCUAUGGAAAUAUGGAGAUGGCCGAAGGUGCAUUAGAACUGCAGAUGCGAGCUGUACAAAGUGGCGCUUGUGAGAAACUUGCCUGGCGAGCUGCUGAGAUUCGUGAACACUUCCGAUUAUUGUACAAGAAUGAAGGAAAGCUUCUACUGAAGCUUUUUCCUAUGCUCAAUGAUGAAGGAGCUGUAUCGCUUGUGUUGAAUGGAGAUAAAAGCCCGCAGUUGAUGGAGUUGAUUACUAAUCGAACACAAGGGAAGACAAUGAACGCCAAAAUGCAUAGCGCCUAUCUUUCGCUUCAGCAAAGAGUGAAUGCCAUUUAUGACGAGGAACUUGACAAGAAUGACCAAAACAAAAUUCCUGGCAUCAAACAAAUUCUUGAGAAGAAGCAAGGUCUUUUCCGAAUGAACAUGAUGGGAAAACGUGUGAAUUUUGCUUGCAGGUCUGUGAUCACACCUGAUCCCUACUUGGAUAUCGAUGAGAUUGGAAUCCCUGAGAUCUUUGCGAAGAAACUGACGUUCACGGAACCUAUCAAUAUCUUUAACAAAGCACAUAUGAGGCAACUCGUUUGUAAUGGUCCAAAUGUUCAUCCUGGUGCUAACUACGUUGUGAAUAGCUCCAACAAAAAGCAAAUGCUUGAUGGCAUGUUUCCCGGAUUCUCAUCGGAAGACGAAGAUUUCCGGAAGCGGAUGGGUAUUGCCAAAGGUCUGGAACCUGCAAACACGGAUAAGCUGCGACAGCCAAUCAAG